AACUCCAUGGGGAUGCCCGACCGCUAUCAUGGGUGUUUAGUUACUUAACAUAGCACAUCCUCAGACCUUCGGGCAGGCAGAAACAGAAGACAAAAUUUGACGAAUUGGAUACAGCUCUACACUUGUUGCAACCUCGCUAGUUACAGUUGCAGAGAGAGAGAGAGGCAUGGCUCAGGCAAAUAUUUCGGUGACGGAAAGUCAGUUCCGAUGUCCAAUAUGCUUGGAUAUAUUAAACGACCCGGUGUCGAUACCGUGUGGUCACACGUAUUGCAUGGUGUGCAUGAAUAGUUACUGGGACCAGGCAGAAUCGGGCCCGUAUAGCUGCCCCCAGUGCCGAGAGACGUUUAGCCCGCGACCGGUUUUGCGCAGGAACACCGUCCUCGCAGAAGUGGUGGAGAAACUGAAGCUUACCGACGGGCUGUGCACUACCGAGCCCGAGCUCUACCGUGGCGGAGUGGGCGACGUCCCUUGUGACUUCUGCCCUAUCGACGAUAAACUCAAAGCCGUCAAGUCAUGUUUGGCAUGCCUUGCCUCUUACUGCGACGUUCACGUCGCCCCGCACCGGGAAGUGGGGACUCUGCGGCGGCACAAAUUAGUGGCCGCGAUAGAUAACCUCGCCGAGAGGCUAUGUGCUCAACACAGGCUUGGCUUGGAGGGCGGCGGCUCCGAUGCCGACACGUCGGAAUGGAACGGCGACUGCAUGCUGUGCGAAUCUGACCAGGAGGAGCUGCAUUAUGUAGACACACAGAGAGCCCGGAGGCAGGCCCAGCUGCAGGACUCGCAGCGGACAGUGCAGAUGCGGAUCCGAAAUGGCGAGCGGGAACUGGAGGAGUGCCAACGGACCCUGGAGUCCCUCAAGAGUUCGGCGGGGGCGGUGCGUCAGGAGAGCGAGGUCCUGUUUGCGGAGCUGGCGCAGCGUCUGGAGAAGGCCGGUGUGGAGGUGCAGACGCGUCUGGAGGCACGGGAGCGGGCGUUACUGGGCCGGGCCGAGCGCGACCUGGAGGAGCUGCGCCAUGAGCUGGACGACCUCCGCCUCCGCGAGCACGACAUGGGCCAGCUGUUGCUGAGCGAGGACAACGUCCACUUCCACCAGGCGGCUCCUUUGCUCUGCAUCCCUCCGGCCAGCGGGCGGCGCCCUCGAGCAGCCAGCGUGCCCACGGAGUGCUUCAGCGGCACGCGGCGUGCCCUGUGCCACCUGCGCGCCCGCAUGGAGGAGCUGUGCGCCGAGGAGGUGGACAAGAUCAGCCGCGCAGCAAAUGAUAACUCAUCUCACGCCAUCCCUGGAGAAAGUCAGAAAGUGUCAGUGGCCAUGGCCUUUCCGUUCUCCACCUUGGCCCUUCCGCCCUCAGAUCAGCGCUUGAGGUCGACCUUCCUCAGGUAUGCCUGUCGCCUGACCCUUGACCCUGACACUGCCCACCCGACCCUGUUCCUGAUGGACGGCCCGCAGGGUGCCCACUGCGGCGAGGAGCCCCAGGCGUACCCGCUGCACCCGCUUCGCUUCGACAGCGUGGCACAGGUCCUCUGCAAGGAGGGCCAGUUCGCCGGGGCCAGCUACUGGGAGGUGGAGUGGCAGGGCGGCGGCUGGGUGGACGUCGCCGUCACCUACCGCGCCAUCGGCCGCAAGGGCGGCGGCAAGCCCUGCCUGCUGGGCCGCAACGACAACUCGUGGCGCCUGCGCUGCACGCACGCCGGCUACGCCGCGUGGCACGACAACCGCAAGAUCACGGUGGCGGCCGAGCCCAGCCCGCGCAUCGGCGUCUACCUGGACCGGCACAAGGGCGAGCUGUCCUUCUACCGGCUGGCCGAAGCCGUGGAGCUGCUGCACACCUUCCGCUGCACCUUCUCACAGCCGCUGUACCCGGCCUUCAGGCUGGACCUGGACUCCACGCUCCUCAUAUGCCCGCUGGACAGGGGCAACGGAGACUCCUCCUCCACCUGACCGUGCCCUGUGUCCCCCCCCCCCCCCACACACACACACACACACACACUCCAUCUAUCCGAUCCUCAUCCUAAAUCUCUGGCUGUGCCAGCCAAGUCCCCAGUCCCGCUCAAAAUGACCAAAAAUUUCACUGCCGUUGCUAAAUGGUUCAGACCAUGGUUUACAGUCUCCAAAAAAGGUUACUUAAGGUUAAUAACGUUACAGACUCAAAGGUUACGAACAGUUAAGAAAGAAUUAAGAUUUGUUCCUUCCAUGAAAGCUGUUCACUGGCAAGCAUGGGGUCCAAUUCAACAGAUACACACUCCUUUCUUACCCAUGGUGUGAAAUGUGAAAAAAAACGGAUUACAUUUCACUGAUGAAAUAUGGAUACCUUGUCAUGUCACUCAUGAAAGAUUAACGAAUGGAUGAUAUGUCAGCCCCACAAACAAACCUAAUAAUGGGUUUGUCACGGUCCACACAUCAGAGCUUCACCGUACACCCAGACAUCCCCUGUGUACUGGCUUAACUCUUUCCAUAGCCCUAAUCCUGUCUACACCCAAACCACAAAGGGGGCCAACUGUAGCGCCAUUGUCACUGAGGUUUUGGGUGAAAAUGACAUGCUCAGGUGACUUCUCUUAAGUGCUGGCUUGCCUGCUCGCUCGCUCGCUCGCUCGCUCUCGCAACAACAACAACGACAACAACAAUAAUAACAACAACCUCCCAGCAUCCAGUCAGCACUACACAGGAAGCUGUCACCAAAACAGAUAUCUUCAUAAUUACUGGACUUCUGUUACCUAUGCACUACACUACACACUGUCCAUUACUGCUGUGCCUACUGUCGUGGUCCCAGUGAUCGAGUGGAGAGAAGUACUUCAUAAUAACACAUUCUGAUUCUAGAAAAUGCUGCAGAAGCAAUCUAUAAACAUGGUAGCCAGGAGAAUGUUGGUAAAAACAAAUCCAAAUAAAACAGCCAAAUGUAAGAUGUGUGAAGUAUACAUAAGUAAUAACAAAUAAUAAUCAAUGGCAUUUGAAAGUCUUAUGUUCAGAUCCCCUGAGGCCAUUCCUCUGUCUGACCUUUUUCCAUGCAUAUAUGAAAGGUUUGACCAUCAGACACCUAUUUGUAACCAUAAAAUACCAAACAUACAGAAACUCGGUCAACACUAUUUACAAAGCAGUUAAAGGACUUUAAAAACCUCUGUAGCAUGUUCUGUUGUGGUUGUCUUUGUACAUUCUGUUAUUUUCCCCAUAUUCUGCCUCCUGAGUUUCUGACUGUAGUGGUUUACCAAUUUUUGGUUUUGGUGAAAAACAUAUUCAUUCACUUUCUUUUAGGAUCAGUGCUAAGUGAAAUGGGUGAGUUGGAGGAGACUUUUAACUACACUGCCUUCGUGCUCCCAAUGGGAAAAUGCAGAAACUGCCAGGAGUCAGUCCCUGACUUGUGUUUACAUAGGUGUGUGGUGGGCCAUGUUUAGAUUUGUUCACAUGACUACAGACGGCUUUUAUAACUUUGUUUCUGAUGUACACUCUUAUUUUUAUGUACAAGAUAGGCCUUGCCUAUUAUUUUGUAUCUUUGAAGGAAUGAUACUGAAAUAUGGGCCCCAGGACUCCCUUGAAAAAAAAAGAGAUUUAAGAUCUCAAUGGGACUCACCUGGUAAAAUAAAUAAAUGAAAUAAUUAUAGAAGCAGGAUUCACUUAGCCUAUCAAAAAACAUUGCUUAGGUAGGCUACUUGUGUUGCCUUGCAUUUAUUUUCUCAAGUUCACUUUAGGCCUACUCUCAUUGUUGCGUUUGUGACUUUGUAACUGUGGUGUUAGCUCACUGUGUCUAUUCAUUGUGCCUAAUAAAUACUUUCAGUUGUCUCA